UCCUCCCAUUUCCCCCGCCCAUUUGCUUCUUCUUGCCCUCUUCUCGACUUACCCUAUUUUUUCUCGAUUUUGUGAUUCUGUGAUUGAUUCAUCUAAUCGAUGAUGACAAGUUCUAAUUCUUCUACUUCUAGUAAUUCUCCGGUUUACGGUUCUGAAAAAUUAUGUCCUUGUUCACCAUUACUUUCACUUCCAGUAUUUCGUGGAGCAGCAACAACAACUAGUGUUAAUAGGUCAUCGAAUCGGAAUGAUGUUCUUUCUCGAGCUACUGAAAUUCCAGAUCUACUCGGACACACUGAUGUUUCUUACUUCUGCAGGAAUCUUAGAGAAGGUUUUUCUUCUCUUUCCGGUAGUUCCAUGGAGCCUUCAAGCCUUUAUCAUCAAGUCCUCAAAUAUGAUUCUGAAGCAUAUGAGUACUCCAUUCAAGGUCUUAUCAAGGAGCGGAAUCAUAGUAGUUUGAGACCUGAAAAAACACCUUUUGAACAGAAUGGACCUUCUACCAGUCAGAGAAAACAUGAAGGAGCUCUUAAUCAUCAAUCUGGCGGAAAUCGUGCUGAUGGCACACAGGCAUCUGUGUCUUCAAGAAGACAAAUAGUCAAGAAGAAAGGAAAUGAUGAUGUCUCCUUCUCCCAGCCAGAUCUUAGUGAGGUUCAAGAUGGCAUCAUCAGAGGUUAUACUGAGAGAUUGGAGGAGCUAUGCAGCACAGCAGAAACUUUGAAUGAAGAUCAAGACGAAGCUGAUGCACAGUUGUUAUCUUCAACUGAUUUAAAGUUACUUGUGAAUGAUACAAUGACCAUCCGUGGAAAGAAAAUCCUGCAUUUGGUUCCUCUGGAUAUCCUUGUCAGACUUUUAAGUGUUCUUGAUCUUCAAAUUCGUGCAGCGGAAGGUGUAUCCCUUGAUGAAAAUGAAGAUUGCGAUUCAGAUGCUAUGUCGCUGGUAAUUUGUGCCUUAGAGUCAAUUCAUGCAGCUUUAGCUGUAAUGACUCAUCCUGACAUGCCAAAGCAGCUAUACAAGAAAGAGGUCAUUGAAAGAGUUCUAGACUUCUCUAGGCAUCAGAUUAUGGAGAAUAUGCGUGCUUGUAAUCCAUCAUAUCAUGCUCUACAUAAACCAAAUGAGAACGGCCCUUAUGAUGGCGAAGAUGCUGAUGUUGGAUUUGGUUCGCCGGACAAUACGCGACGUGGUAAUAGAAGUGUUAAAGCAAGGAGGCGAACUGGAAACAAGGUGGCUGCUGCUGUAAACACUGUACUUCAGAAACUCAGUACAAUCCUUGGUUUUCUUAGGGAUCUGCUGUCAAUCGAGCGCCUUCCUGAUAGCUGCCUUCUACAAUUAAUAAAGACUAGUUUUUCUACGUUCUUGGUUGAAAAUUGCCAGCUCUUGCAAUUAAAGGCCAUCGGUUUAAUCUGCGGGGUAUUUUCUGCAUACCCACAACAUAGGAGCUAUCUGAUAGACGAAACAGUUCAUCUGCUUUGGAAGCUACCAUUUUCAAAGCGUGUCCUGAGAACAUACCCUCUUCCCAAUGAAGAACAAAGGCAGAUUCAGAUGAUAACGGCGCUGCUUAUCCAGUUGGUUCAAAGUAGUGCAAACCUGCCUGUGGUAUUAAGACAGACAUUAACUGCUGACUCUAUCUCAGAUACUCCAGUUGGCGUUUUUUAUCCCACCAAAUGCAAUGAAGCUUCCUCUGUGGCAUGCUGUCAUUUCUGGACUCGUGUUCUUCAGCGACUUACAACUGUGAAGACUCACGAUGCAUCGGAAGUCGAAGUUAUUAUUGAAAAUAUUGUUAUAGAUUUGCUAUCGACAUUGAAUUUACCUGAAUAUCCAGCAUCAGCUCCUAUUCUUGAGGUGAUAGAUCUCAUUUGCAAGGUUACCACACAAGUAGCUUCUGUUUUUGUGCUAAUUCAGAAUUCUUUGCAGGUUCUCCGUGUCUUGCUUCUUCAGAACGCUGGAUUGAAAUCUAAAGAUGUAACUGCACGUUGUCUGGCCAUUAACCUCCUUGGAACAAUUGCUGCAAGAUUGAAACGUGAUCCCGUGUUUUGCAGCAGGGAGAGCUUCUGGAUUUUACACAAGAUGGCUGAUGAAGAUAGUGCUGAUCAAAGUUACCCAAGAGAUGUAUGUUCUAUUUGUCAUGAUGGAAGAAGUAGAAAAGUAGUGUUCGUAUGUCAAGACUGUCAAAGAUUGUUUCAUACAGAUUGCAUGGGAGUUAUAGAACGCAAUGCUCCUUCUCGGGGGUGGUGUUGUCAUUUUUGCCUCGGGAAGCAGCAGCUGAUAGGUCUACAAUCUUACCUCAAAUCCAUUCACAAUGAUGAUGUCAAAAGGAACUUGUUCAAAACAGAAGGCGCUCCUGAAGCUUCAGAGUUGAUUUCACAAAUGGAAAUUGUUCAGCAACUGCUUUUAAACUACCUGCAAGGAGCUGGUUCUACUGAUGAUGCACAUCUUUAUACCCGCUGGUUCUAUCUUUGUCUUUGGUACAAAGAUGAUCCAAAAUCUCAAGAGAAGUUGGCUUACUACCUCGCGAGACUGCAGUUGACAUCAACUGUUGUUUCAUCAUUUUUAACAAGAGAAUCAGCCAAAAAGAUUACCCUAGCAUUUGGGCAGAAAAAUUCUUUUUCUAGAGGAUUUGAUCAGAUUCUCUGCAUGCUACUUGCGAGUCUAAGGGAGAACGCUCCUGUAAUCAGGACCAAAGCAUUACGUGCAGUCAGUUUUAUUGUUGAAGCUGAUCCUGAGGUGUUAUGUGAAAAACGUGUUCAAUCUGCUGUUGAAGGAAGAUUUGUUGACUCUGUCAUCUCUGUGCGAGAAGCUGCUUUGGAACUUGUAGGGAGGCAUAUUGCUUCACAUCCGGAUGUUGGUGUAAAGUAUUUUCAAAAAGUUGCUGAGCGAGUGAAGGAUACUGGAGUGGGUGUUCGGGGACGGGCUAUUAAAAUUAUUCGCGACAUGUGCACUUCUAAUGCUAACUUCUCGGAGUUCACUAGUGCUUGCCUUCAGAUAAUUUCUCGUGUUAGUGAUGAAGAAUCUAGUAUACAGGAUUUAGUUUGCAAAACAUUUUACGACUUCUGGUUCGAUGAACCUAGUCGUGCGCAGACACAGUUUGCUGAAGAUGGCAGUUCUGUGCCUUUGGAGGUAGCAAAGAAGACUGAGCAGAUUGUUGAGAUGUCAAGAAAGAUGUCUUGCCAUCAAAAACUUGUCACUAUCUUAAAGCGCAACUUAGCACUUGAUUUUUUCCCUCAAUCGUCCAAAGCUGCUGGUAUCAGUCCAAUUCCGCUGGCAAUGGUGCGCAGAAGAUGUGAGUUAAUGUGCAAGUGCUUAUUGGAAAGAAUUUUGCAGGUAGAAGAAACAGAUAACGGGGUGAUGGAGGUGCAUGCCCUUCCUUAUGUCCUUGUUUUGCGCUCUUUCUGCAUGGUGGAUCCAACACUCUGCUCUCCAGCAUCCAAUCCAUCUCAGUUUGUUGUUACUCUCCAGCCAUUCCUGAAGACCCAGGGUGAUAAUCGAGCAGUAGCUCAGUUGCUUGAGAGCAUAAUCUUUGUUAUUGAUGCUGUUCUGCCUCUGCUCCGUAAGCCACCUCAAAGUGUUGCCGAAGAACUUGAACAGGACCUUAAACAAAUGAUCGUCCGGCAUUCUUUCCUGACAGUUGUCCAUGCCUGCAUCAAGUGUUUAUGCUCACUUUGCAAAAUAACGCAAAAAGGUGGAACCUUAAUUGAACACCUUAUACAAGUGUUUCUUAAGCGUUUGGACACCCUUGGAGAUGACGCCAAGCAGCAAGUGGGGCGGUCGCUCUUUUGUCUUGGGUUGCUCAUCCGUUAUGGUAGCAAAUUAAUGAUCACAUCUGACAACAAAAGCAUAGUAUUUGACAAGAGCCUCAACUCGCUAAUGAGCUACCUCUGUUCCGAAGAUUUUGUCAUAAAAUUCCGAUCAUUACAGGCAUUAGGUUUUGUCUUGAUUGCCAAACCUGAAUAUAUGUUACAACCAGAGAUUGGUAAGAUCUUAGAGGCCACGCUAGCACCUGGUUCUGACAACCGACUUAAGAUGCAAGCAUUGCAAAUUGUAUACAAGUGUCUUCUAGACUCUGAAACUAAAAUGGAACCAGAUAAGACGAGUAGUAGUACCACAACCCAGUAUGCAGGUGCUGCACAAAAUGUUCCUGUUGCUGCAGGUGUUCAUAUCUAUGAAGGAAUACUGCUAUUAUAUUGGGAUUGUAUUAUGAAAUUAUGCUUGGACAUGAAUGAUCAAGUUCGUCAAUCUGCUGUCAAGAUUGGAGAAGUGCUGUUGCGUCUUGCUCUUGCGUCAAGGGAUUCUCUUUCUCUACAGAUGAAGGAGCACAAAAGCGACUCCACAAGUUACCAUUUCCAUAAAAACAGGUACGAUAAGGAAUUAGAUGAAUUGUUAGAGAAAUAUGAUGACUCUUUCACCCGUCUUCAGCAGGUAUUGGCAGAGCGCCAGCUUCUAGAAAAAGAUGACAAGAACCUUAAAAAUGAAAAUAUGGAUCUCCGGAUCCUCAUCUCCUCAAUGGAGAAAGAUACAAUGGAUGACCUCUACAUGAAAUGUAAAUAUUCUCUGUAAUAACCUCAUGGCUGAUCUCUUCACGAAAUGUAAAAUCUUUGUAUAUGAAUACUUAUUUCUAGCUUCUA